GUUGAAGAUAACUUUAUUAUGUCACAAAAGGAACAGGUCAAUCGUUUAAUUUUAAAACUUUGUCCAAAACCUAUCGUUCAAAAUUCCACAGAGAAAAGUAAUGUACAUAAACAUAAUCUUCCGAUUUCAAAUCGUCAAGAGUUUAAUUUCAAUACACACUGGCUAUUUUAUCGUGGAGAUGUGAGUGAUGCUGAACAAAUUGAUUUUAAUGAUGAGACGUGGGAACUCGUGCAUUUGCCACAUACUGCUCGUUUAGAAAUUUUACAAGUAUCGAACAAUAAUUAUCGCGGUAUCGUAUGGUAUCGAAGACCUUUUAUACUGGGAGAUAGUUCGUUUAAAAACAAGAGAAUAUUUGUGCGUUUUGAAGGUGUAAUGCAAGUAACAGAUGUAUGGCUCAACGGGAUAUUAUUAGGUGAACAUCAAGGUGGAUAUACUCCAUUCAUUUUUGAUAUUACGAAUUAUGUGAAGACAGAUGGAAGUGAAAAUGUUAUUGCAGUUAAAGCAAAUAAUGAAGAUAAUCCAACAGUACCACCCGGCAAACCUCAAGCAGAUUUGGAUUUUACUUAUUUUGGAGGAAUUUAUAGAAGCGUGAAAAUGAUCGUUGUCGAUCCAUUGCAUAUUACCGAUUCGAUAUUUGCCAAUAAAAUCGCUGGUGGUGGUAUUUUUAUAACUACACCCUUUGUUAACGCCUCUUCAGCCAUUAUUAUUGUACAGACGAAUGUUAAAAAUGAUUAUUCUGUCGAUGUUGAUGCAACCGUAACAUCAUCUCUCGUUGACCGCGAUAAUAAUAUUGUAGCAAGAGCUGAAAGCACUCAAAGAAUUACCAGUAACAAUAAUAUUGAUUUUGUUCAUACAAUGCACAUAAACAAUCCAAAUAUAUGGUCGCCUGACACACCUUAUCUUUAUCGUGUUUUGAGUGAAGUCAACAACGGAUCUCAAGUGAUAGAUGCUCUUCAAACACGUAUGGGUGUUCGUUCCAUUUCAUUCUCAAAACAAGAUGGUUUUCAACUCAAUGGUCAACGUUUCAUUCUCAACGGUACCAAUCGAGGUCAUCAAGAAUAUCCGUAUGUGGGUUAUGCAGUACCCGAAUCAGGACAAUAUCGAGAUGCUUUAUUGUUAAAAGAAGGUGGUGCCAAUUUUGUAAGAUCUGCUGUUUAUCCCCCAGAUCCAAGUUUUUUAGAUGCAUGUGAUGAAUUGGGUCUAUUGGUACUCGAUUCAAUACCAGGUUGGCAAUUUUUCAGUGAAGAUGCUCAAUUUCAAAACAAUUCAUUCAACGAUGUUCGUCUGAUGAUUCGUCGAGAUCGAAAUCAUCCAUCUGUGAUCUUGUGGGAGGUGUCAUUGAAUGAAAGUCAAGUGUCAGACGAUUAUGCGUCGACAACGCAUACAAUAACACAUGAAGAAUAUCCAGGCAAUCAAGCAUUUUCAUAUGGAGGAAAUACGGAAGAUGCUGGCUAUAUAUUUGAUGUACAAAAUGCCAAUUCAUCCACUCGAGGACCAGCUGCUCUCAUUUAUCGAGAAUAUG